AUGACUUCCACGAGCACUCCAGUUUACCACAGAGCGACACGUUCGCCAUUGGCAUGUUUGCCCUGCCGAUCACGUCACGUGAAAUGCGACGGCAAACAACCAUCAUGCACUCGCUGCGCCGAGCUUGGCCAGCCAUGCCAAUAUGCUCGAUCGCGCCGAGGUGGGCUAAGCCGCAUAGCACUAGAAGAACGACGCAAAAGAGUCGGCACUGCAGGAAAUGCAGUUGCAGUGACUACGCCAAGCCCGCAGAGGGCAGCCGUUGGUCAGGUGUGCCAGGAGGUCGCUGGGGGAGAGCUUCCUGAUUGCUUCAGCCAGCUUCAACGUCCCAACCCAGGCGUUGAGACCUCAGACCUGACUUUGUCACCAGAACAUCAACUUGAUAUCACCGAUAUUCAGAAUGAUUCGUUGAUCGACGCUUACUAUAACAACUUCCACAAAUUUCAUCCAUUUCUACUGCCGCGGAAACACUUCACGCGUCUUUUUCAAGAUCCGAGCCGACAACCCAGCUUCCGACCGCUCGCCGCAGUCAUGCGACUUGUUGGGUACAUAUAUACUGCACGAGGAUGGCCCAUCGCGCUAGAAGAUCACAUAAAGGCUAGCUUUUCACAAUUACUCUCAACAGAUCCUGUUAUGGUCCAGUGUCGACUUCUAUACUCCAUAGCACUGUUCUGGUUUGAACGCAAAACCGACGCUAAAUCACAAGUGGACUCUGCUAUCUGGCUAGCCACUGAGUGUAAGAUGUUUGAGCAGGACUUUUCAUCGAAAUAUGGGGCCGGUGAUCUCGUUUUGCAGGAAUGCUGGAGGCGGACGUGGUGGAUGCUUUACAUAGUGGACGCAUAUUAUGCAGGGACCUUGGGUACUAUGAAUUUCAAGGCCUCUGCUAUUGCGGCUACGGUUGACUUGCCCUGCGAAGAGUCGGAAUACGAGUCUGGGUUUGACAGCCGUGAAUUUGCUUCUGAUGAUAUCGGGUUCUCAUCGUUCGCUUAUUUAGUCGGUGCCGUACGAUGUGCAGCCUUGGCAAUAUCCACAGUGCCAAAGGCCACGAAGAAGGACAACUCGGAGCGGAUGAUUCAAGCAGCGGACUCGGCCCUGAAUGGGUGGCUACUUCUACUACCAAAGACGCACAAGCAAGUCAUGGACAAGACCGGGGAGAUUGAUGAGUUGAUGUUUCAGGCGCACCUACUGAUACAUGCUCUUAGUGCCGCCAUUGGCUUACACCGGCCGUUGUCAGAUCUCAAGUUCAGUCGUGCCGAGGGUAUCUCGAGCUGUGCACGCGAACCACCCCUCGACAGUCCAACACCAGAUCUCGCGAACGUGCACACCAACCGAGUUCUCCAGUCCGCAGAGGCACAGAUCAGACUUCUAGCCUUACCAGCCCUGAAUUUUCACCACACCCCAUUUACGACCUGCAUGAUCAGUGAAGGGACCCUGGCAUUGCUUGCUGCUUGUGCCUUUCGACUGGAGGGGAAAGACUUAUCAAUCACCAGAGAGCAGAUCCGAAUGACUAUUGGAUGCCUGAAAGCAUUGGGAGAGAUAUGGCCAAGGACGGCGAGAAACGUGUGGGAGAUUCAAACAGUAGCCCGUCAUGUACUCGGACUAGGGUCUAAGGCUAUGAGUGACAGCGGUGGAACCAGGUCGAGUGAUGUGCCAAGCCUAUCCGGUGGCGAGGGACAGGGGAGUGUGGCGUCCGAAUUCGAGGUAUCAAGCAACAACAAUGAUAUAUUAUCCUCGUUGGCGUUUCUUGAUGAUCUUUGUGGGUGGUACGACAUUGGUGAACUUGACUCUGGUCUUUCCUGA